CACUUAAUUAUCAUCGUUCUCCAGAACAUCAGUUUCCUGUUCCACUUUGUGACGCCUUAGCAGCAUAUUUCUAUCUUACCAAUCCUGGUCCGGAAGCUGGAUUUGAACCAUUUGAUCCUAAACAAAUUAUAUUUGCAGGCUCUAGUGCUGGUGGUGGACUGGCUGUCGCUACUGUAUUAUUACUUCGUGAAAUCGGGUUACCAUUGCCAUCAGGACUUGUUUUAUGGUCACCAUGGGUAGAUUUAACAUGUAGUAUGCCAUCAAUUUGGAAUCCUGAAAUGGAUAAAACAGAUUUUGUUCCUAUGAUAAAAUUUCCUAAUCUUGGAACAUCUUCAAUGUCAAUUGAAUUUCAUGAACGAGCAAAAAUUCUUGCAGAAAAAAUUAAACAAAAAAAUCCAAAUGUGGUUGGUCAUCCUUCGUUUGCCAAGGCUCCAAGAUUUUUAUUAUAUUGUGCAAAUGAAGCAUUGGCUAUUCCGUAUAUUAGUCCAAUGUUGGCUGAAAGUUUGGGAAAUUUACCACCUAUUUUAUGUCAAGUAGGCGGUGGAGAAAGAUUUCUAGAUUCAGAUAUUUUAUUUAGUUUCAGAGCUUCUGAUCCGAGCAAAUUUCAAUUACCUAAAUAUGCUACAAUGAAUUUUACUAAUUCACCAUUUAAAAAGCCUACAAAAGUCAUACUUGAAGUUUAUGAUGAAGCAAGUCACUGUUUUCAACAAGUGAACUUCUCAAUAAUUCGUUCUUGUGAUUUUAUUAAAAAUACACUCAAUAAAAACAUUCCAGAUGAAGCUGAGAAUAAAUCUUUUCAAGGAAUACAUAAAAAUAUUACUGCUAUUGCAAUUAACCCUAAUUGUGAAAUUAGAGAAUUAGAUGAAAAAUAUCUAGAAUGUUUAAAAUGGGAAAAUAUUGGAGUCAUUCCAGAAUUGUAA